CCGGCGAGAAGCCCCGUCGUCGGUCAUUCUUCUCUGCUGAAACGAACUCUGCUUCAGCUCUCUCCCUCUCUCUCUAUCUGAGAGCUCCAUCAAUGGCCGAACUUUCCCGCCAUUUCGAUCAACCUGUAGUACCAUCGUCGCCAGCUCCGUCUCACUAACAUGGCCAUGUACGCCGCCGGUACCUAUCUCUGUCCGUCUCUCCUCGUAGCUCUCCUCUCCCUCUCUCUCCUCCAUCUCAAGCCCGACCUCAGCUCCCUGAAAAGCGUGAAUCUAACUCCCUCGCAAACCGAAACUGAUCGCUCCAAUUGGACCAACUACGUCGUCCGAUUCACUCGCUACAAGCUCGCCGGCGAUCACCGGACCUUCCUCGAAUCCUCCGUUCAGUCCCGGGGCUGGCAGUGGAUCCAGCGCCGAAAUCCUGCCGCCAGAUUCCCUACCGACUUUGGAUUGGUGUCCGUCGAGGAUUCCGUGAAGGAAGUUGUGAUCAAGGAGAUUGAGAGAUUGGACUUCGUGAAGGACGUGAAUGUGGAUUCUGCCUAUAAGAGGAAUGUGCUCCAGGAAAGUCAACGCAGGCUUGGCGCAUUCGUUGAUGGCAAGAAGCGGCCGGGAAAGAUUUUCACUUCUAUGUCGUUCAGCGAGGGAGAGGACGAGCACCACUCUCAGAUUAGCAAUUCCUCCAUUCAUUGGGGCCGCCAUCUACUGAUGCAGAGAUCUCAAGUUACCUCGUUAUUUGGGGCUGAUGCACUCUGGAGAAAAGGGUAUACUGGUAAGAAAGUCAAGAUGGCGAUAUUUGACACGGGAAUUCGAGCUGAUCAUCCUCAUUUUCGGAAUAUUAAGGAACGCACCAAUUGGACGAAUGAGGACACUUUAAAUGACAAUCUUGGUCAUGGGACGUUUGUUGCUGGUGUCAUUGCUGGUAUAGAUGGGGAGUGCUUAGGGUUUGCACCUGACACUGAGAUAUACGCCUAUCGUGUAUUUACAGAUGCACAGGUAUCAUACACGUCAUGGUUUCUUGAUGCUUUUAAUUACGCAAUUGCAAUGAAAAUGGAUGUGCUUAAUUUGAGCAUCGGUGGACCUGAUUACCUGGAUCUACCAUUUGUGGAGAAGGUAUGGGAAUUGACUGCAAAUAACAUAAUAAUGGUCUCGGCAAUCGGAAAUGAUGGACCGCUCUAUGGCACCCUCAACAAUCCAGCAGAUCAAAGUGAUGUCAUUGGAGUUGGUGGAAUAGAUUACAGUGACCACAUAGCAUCAUUCUCUUCACGCGGCAUGAGUACUUGGGAGAUUCCUCAUGGAUAUGGCCGGGUGAAGCCAGAUGUUGUUGCAUAUGGAAGAGACAUCAUGGGCUCUAAAAUUAGCACUGGCUGUAAAAGCUUGUCAGGAACUAGUGUUGCAAGCCCUGUUGUUGCUGGUGUAGUUUGCUUGCUUGUCAGUAUCAUCCCCGAAAGCAAACGCAAGGAAAUUCUAAACCCGGCUAGCAUGAAACAAGCAUUGGUUGAAGGAGCAGCAAAGCUCUCUGGACCAAAUAUGUAUGAGCAGGGGGCUGGCAGAGUCAAUUUGUUAGAAUCGUAUGAAAUUCUGAAAAGCUACGAGCCUCGAGCAAGUAUUUUCCCUGGUGUUCUGGAUCAUACGGACUGCCCAUACUCGUGGCCUUUCUGUCGUCAACCACUCUAUGCGGGUGCAAUGCCUGUGAUCUUUAACACCACAAUUUUGAAUGGCAUGGGAGUAGUUGGCCGUCUAGAAGGUUCACCAACCUGGCACCCUUUAACUGAUGAUGGGAAUCUCUUAAGCAUUCAUUUCACGUACUCUAAGGUCAUAUGGCCUUGGUCUGGAUAUCUAGCACUUCACAUGCAGAUUAAGGAGGAAGGAGCUCAGUUCUCUGGAGUCAUUGAAGGGAAUGUUACCGUGAAAGUGUCCAGCCCUCCUGGUCAAGGAGAGAAGAUCCCUCGGAGGAGCACUUGCGUCCUUCAGUUAAAACUUAAAGUGGUUCCAACUCCCCCAAGAUCAAAACGAAUUCUCUGGGAUCAGUUUCACAGCAUUAAAUACCCCCCUGGAUACAUUCCUAGAGACUCUUUGGAUGUUCGAAAUGAUAUUCUUGACUGGCAUGGGGAUCACCUGCACACUAAUUUCCACCUGUUGUUUAACAUGCUGCGUGACUCGGGAUACUACAUAGAAACUCUCGGUUCACCUCUUACCUGCUUCGAUGCUCGCCAGUAUGGGACUCUUCUAUUGGUGGAUCUUGAAGAUGAGUACUUUGAAGAAGAGAUAGAGAAGUUGAGGAUCGAUGUUAUUAAUUCUGGACUGGGGUUGGCUGUGUUUGCAGAUUGGUAUAAUGUCGAUACCAUGGUGAAGAUGCGGUUUUUCGAUGAUAACACUCGCAGUUGGUGGACACCAGUUACAGGAGGCGCUAAUAUUCCUGCAUUGAACAACCUUUUGGCUCCAUUUGGGAUUGCUUUUGGAGAUAAGAUAUUGAAUGGUGAUUUUUCUAUGGAUGGCGAGCAGACUAGAUAUGCUUCUGGAGCUGACAUUGCUAGGUUCCCUGCUGGUGGCUACAUCCAUAGCUUCCCUUUCCAAGAUACUUCUGAGAGUGGAGCUACUCAGAAUGUUCUGCUGACAAAUUCAAUGGGCGAUUCUCCAAUUCUCGGCCUCAUCGGUGCUGGUCAAGGUCGUAUUGCGGUUUACGGAGACUCCAACUGUCUGGACAGCAGUCACAUGGUCACAAACUGCUACUGGCUUCUGAGCAAGAUAUUGGACUUCACCAAUGGAAACAUCAAAGAUCCUGUCCUCUUCUCCCCUUCCGUGAAACAAGACAAACCCUUGUUCUUAGAAGAUAACCAGUUACCAUCCCGUAGGACUGAUGUGAAUUUCUCCACCUAUUCUCAUGUUGUUGAGAAGGAUUUGGUUUGCGGAAAUGAUUCUAGAUUUGAAGUUUGGGGAACAAAGGGCUACAACAUACAGGUUUUGGGAAGAAAUAAGGUGCUUCCAGGAUAUCCAGUCAUUGAUGUGGGAAGAGGUUUGAACUCCACAUCAGAUGGUUCCAAGUUGAGAGAGAAGGGCAACAUUGAUGGGAAUCGGUAUCUUAGUGGGCUGUACUGGGAUGAGGUUGAUGCGCCUCUGGUUCCGAGUCAUUGGCUUGCUCCUGCAGUUAUUACUCUUGCUGGAAUUUUGCUGUUUCUGAGCUUCUGGAGAAUUAGACAGAGGCGGCGACGACGAAGGAAGGGACCUGCUUCAGGCCGACUGGGAAAUAUCUAGCUCUGAAUAUUAUGAAGUUUUGGUCCGGUAGAUUUCCUUCUGAAUCACAGCAUGGUAGAAACAAUUUUUUACUGUAACAUCAUUCUUCAUCGAGGAACGAAAAGCAUUAUCUUUUUAGAGUUAGCUCUUGUACACGAGGUAUAGGUUUUGCAGCAAACGUUUUUGUUAGCACCAAUGCUCUUCUGCAGGCCAAGAAAUAUUCUUCUACUGAUCAAGUUUUCCGUCUCAAAGUCGGAAUUCUAGAAUUCUUAGACUUUGUUUUGUUUUGCGUAUUGAUAAGCAGCCAAGUGACAAACUUUCUGUCCCUCGUGCUCUUGGUAUA